UAUAAAAAACACGUUAUAGUUUCACCAAGACACGUGCCUAGAUAUUCUGAUUUGGACGAAGAAGAUCAACAUUUGUUCAGAGCAGCAUACGACACUCCCAGCUACGAUCACGAGGAACAGGAAGACAACGAAAUAUCCCUCGACAAGCUGGACUUGUUGAAAGGCGGUCUUUGGGCUGUGAAGGCGAAACUGAAAGAAUUAAAAGCAUUUAACAAAGCCCUCGCCGCGAACAUGCUCUCCACCAAAUUAAAGCUCAAGGAACUGCUGAAAAAUCACAUGGUGCCCGUCAAAACUAUUAAAGAUGUCGACAAAAAGAAGACUUAUUAUCACUAUCAGCCAACGCCGUCGCAUCCACAAUACGAACAGUAUGCUGGACCUCAAUACGGCGCACCCCAGCACGGCUACGACCCGUACUACGGCCACUAAUUCUGAACAAUGCUACUGCUAAAGAAAUUAACUUAAAAGUAAAUUAAUUUUACACGCAAAUUUGUAUUAAAUUCACUUCUUUUCUUUCAUCAAAAGAAAAAUAGUAGAAAUAAAAUCUGGCUCCA